AUGACAAGCAAAAAACUGACAAAUAUUAUGGCUAAAGGAACUGCUUCCAAUGAUGCCGUAACUAAAAAUCAACUUGAUACUAAAAUAUCACUUUCUGGUGGUUUAAUGACUGGCAAUUUGGAUAUGAAUAGCAAUAGGAUUUAUAAUGUAGCACAACCAAAUGGUGAUAAUCAACCAGCCACAAAAAUAUGGUCAGAAAAUAUAUUCCUCGAUAAAUCCAGUGGAGUUAUGGCAGGAUCACUAAACAUGUCCAAUAAUAAAAUUACUCAUCUUGCCAAACCAACUGACGAUAAAGAUGGGGUUAACAAAAAAUACAUAGAUGAUAAUUAUUUGAAACUAUCCGGUGGCACUUUUACUGGUCAUAUAAUAUUGAACAAUGCUAUCCUCACUUCACAAUAUCAAGCAAUAAGCCGAAACACUGGAAAUGCAUUUUGUGUUCAAAUUACUAAUCCAUAUGUUUACCACCAGUUUAAUAUGGUCAAUAACAGGAUUUACAAUCUAGCUGACCCAACUGAUGCUACUGAUGCUAUUAAUAAGCAGUAUUUAGAAACAUCUCAUGUUAAACCCAACCAUUACAAUAAUUAA